AUGACUUCCCUCGAGAAAAUAGCGGAGCAGGCGCGCCCCGACCCGACCAUGGUGUUCUCGUCGCUGUCGUCGUCGCCGUCGCAAUCGCCGAAUGACGGUUUUCGCACGCCGUCGCCUGAGUCGCCUCGAAGGGCGCCGGUCGCCGUCGCGUCGUCGGCAGAGGGUGCCGUGCGAUCGUCGUCGCGAUCGGAGUCGCGCGGAAAAGGCGGCGGCGGCGGCAGCUCCCGCCUCUCGUGGCGCUCGCUGUCGCCGAUCCGCGGAUCGCGGUCGUCGACGUGGCGUUACACACACGACGACGACGGCGGCGGCGGAGACGGCGAUCGGAGCGGGCGACAGGAGGAGAAGAAAAUCGUUGUGUACAAAUCGUCUGCUCCGCUCAGCCAGCGCGCGUCGGACAAGCUGCGCGCGGAGCAGCGCCUCGCGGCGGUGCUCGCGCUCAUCCCGACGCGCCUCGCCGCGUCGGGGUCGCUCUCGCGCGGCUCGCUGCACAUGGCGCAAGGCGUGCGCGGGAGCAGCCAAGACGCGGCGGUCCUAUGGGAGGUGAGACUCCCCUCCCCGCCUUCAGACGCGCCUCGAGUGAAGUCAUCCCUUCCUUCACCCGCAAUUUCAGGCGCCUCAAACGGCGUGUACGGGAGCACUCAUAAAGUAGCUGUCUUUUCAGGGAGUGAAACUCCCCGUGUGUCAUCGUCACCGUCGCUGGCUGCUCUGCGCGAUUCUUUCCCCUUCACCUUCCGCCCACCCUUCCUCCUCUUCUCCCCCCGCCCACCCUUGCGCAAUUUCUCCCCCCCUCUCUCCCCCCCCAACCCCCUCCGCCAUUUUUCCCCCUUCCGCUCUUCUUCAAAUUCCUCCUUUCGCGUGCCUCCCCUUCGCUAUCCUCCGCAGCGCUUCGGCGGUCGCCCGGACAGCGCGCUUUGCGCCGUGUUCGACGGGCACGGCCCGUUCGGCCGCGUCGUCUCCUCCUACGCCGCCGCCACCCUCCCGCCUCUCCUCCUCGACUCCCACCUUCUCGCGCGCGCCGCCGCCGCCGACGCCGCCGCUGGCACUGCGGACGCCCCGGGCGGAAGCCCAGCGGGAGGAAGCGGGGGGGGCGCGGUGCCCGGCGCGGGGGACAGGGCGGCGUGGCGCGCGAAGAUGCACGACGUGUUCGCGAGCGUGGAGCGCGACGUGCGCGUGCACCCGCACAUCAACCCGCUGAAUAGCGGCAGCACUGCUGUGGUGGCCGUGCUGCAGCGCGACGUGCGCGUGCACCCGCACAUCAACCCGCUCAACAGCGGCAGCACUGCUGUUGUGGCCGUGCUGCAGGUGGGGAAAGGGGAAGGGGUGGUGGGAGGGGGGUUGGAGGUGGCGGAGAGGGUGGAAGGGGCGGAAGUGGGGGGAGGGGGCAUGGGGGACCAGGAGGAGGUGGCGCUCAGGGGGGCGGGACCUAGUGGUGGCGUGGGUGGGGGACAGCCGCUGCGUCUUGCUCACUCUCCCGCUUCUCUCGUCCCCCACUCCCCCUUUUUUCCUCUUUCCCAGGGGCGGGACCUAGUGGUGGCGUGGGGGCGGGACCUAGUGGUGGCGUGGGUGGGGGACAGCCGCUGCGUCGUGGGCCUUGUCUCUCCCCCCACUCCCCUUGCUGGCGGAGCCAGCGCACACGGGGGACGCGAGGGGCAUGGGGUAGACAGCAGCGGUAGCGGUGCUUGUGGCGCUGGUGGCGGUGGUGGCGGUGGUGGCGAGAGGGGUUGUGGCGAUGUGGAGGUGGAAGCGCUACAGCUCACCACGGACCACAAGCCCGCACAUCCUGAGGAGCGGUUUCGGAUAGUGGUCGCGGGAGGCCGAGUGCACGCCAUUCCCGGCGAUCCCGAGGGGGUGGAGCGCGCAUGGCUGCCACACGAGGAGGCGCCCGGGAUCGCCAUGUCUCGCUGCCUCGGCUCUGCUCUCAUGCGCGCGCACGGGGUGACUGCUGACCCAGACGUGCGGUUCCUGAGGCUAGGGCCGCAGCACCGCUUCAUGGUGCUGGCUUCUGAUGGGGUAUGGGACGUGGACGUUCUGUCCAACGAAGCAGUCGUGGCUAUAAUUGCCAGCUCGCCGUCCCCUCAGGAGGCAGCAGCGGCCGUGGUGUGGGACGUGCUGUCUAACGAAGCCGUGGUGGCCAUUGUUGCCAGCUCGCCCUCCCCUCAGGAGGCAACUCAUAUCCUCCCUCAAACGUGCUUACCCCUAACUUCCUUCCCCCAAACGUCCUUCUCCCCUCCCACAGGUGUGGGACGUGCUGUCCAAUGA